AUGAAAGGAGCAGAGAUGGAGGGUGAAAGUUGGUCACAUGACCACAUCAAGGACGGCUGUCCCUGGACAGAAAAGAUAGAGCCACUGAGCAAAGAGAAGGACGAUGGAAGGGAGGACAGUUUCAUGGAGGAGGUGAACAGAAUCGUUUGGUACCAGCCCACGAGUGGAGGAGCCAGCCGAAGGCGUGGCCGAGACGCUGAUGCAGGGCAGAGCAGUCAUUGGAAGAAGUCAGGUCAUGAAGGAGGUCUUCAUCCUUGUUUUAAACCCACCACUGAAGCAUGCGCCCUUACAGAUAACAGAAGCUCAUCAAGUUUCAGGCCUCCUCCUCUCUUCAGACGGAUACAAGCGACUGACGAAGUCCCAGAAGACAUGUGGGAGCUGCUGGAGCUGGAGAAGCUGAAUCUGUCCCUCAACAGUCUGAAAGUUCUUCCUCCUCACCUGGGUCAGCUCACAAACCUGGUGGUGCCGAACUUGUGGGGCAACCAGCUGAGCAGUUGGCCUGCAGAAAUAGGACAUCUGAGGAGACUUCGGGUUUUAUUUGUCUACAGAAACAAACUGACUGAAGUCCCUGAAGAACUUGGAGGCUGCUUACAGCUGGAGGUGCUGAGCUUAGCAAACAACCAGCUGUCCUCACUUCCAGCUUCUCUAUCAAAUCUGAGCCGACUGAGGCAACUGAACCUCAGUAACAACCGGAUGGCUCACGUACCGGGCUGUGUCUGCAACCUUAUGGCUCUGGAAGAUCCGAUCCUCAUGAGCUGCACAUAA